AUGGAUAAUCAUGAUAGCACUGAUAGCAAUAUAUCACUAGACAGUUUAGAAAAUAAUUUCAAGCAAAAAACAAAGAUAAAAGGUAAACCAUCUGAUGAAAACGUCGACACAAUACUUGUACCUUUUUAUGAAAAGGAUGUUCUUAUAAAGGUAUCUAAAGAGCAAAAAAGAAACACGAACGCAGGAGAUAAGCCACGAAAAUUGAAAGCAAAGGUGAAAAAAGAACCUGAUCAAUGUUAUUUAGUAAAUAAAGUUAAGCCAAGGCGGCCGACAUAUUUAGAAAUAUUUCGAAAACAGUUUUCUCCAGAUAAUGUUGACAAAACCCCGAAUAAAACAGAAAUACGAUCAUUAUCGCCACAGUAUGGGGAUACUGAAAGAGAAAGUAUCGAAGAUGAUGCCAAUUAUGAAGUUACAGAUUUUUAUAACACUGAAUCCUAUAAUGACAUUUACUAUGAAAAAUUGUUGAAUAGAAAUUUUCAGGUGUACAUGGACAAUUCCUUAGAUGAUUUGCCAUAUCUUGAAGAAGUACAUCUGGAAUCUUCCGCCAACAAUGGUGAAGAAAGUCCUGAAAAUCUUAGGAGUAUUUCGGAAGUGUCACAUCAGCGGCGUCCAACCAGACGAACAGCAGUUGAACCCGUAGUUCAUAAUUUAAAACUGGGUGGUUUGGGCCCUGACGUGGAAAAAAUAAAACCGAGAUUAGAAAGAGCUAGAAGCCUUCAAAGGUAUUCCGAAAAAGUGAGAAUGGAAAAUCGUCUUAAAAUUUACAAGAAAACAGUUCAAGCUGAAAAUGACAAAAAAGCUGAAAGAGGUAAAUCUCCAAAAGCGCGUAACUCUGAUAAAGAACAAAAAAAUCCUCAAAAAGACACAACUAGUUCUUAUUUAGUUAAUAGAUCAAACGAUGAUAAAAAUGCAACAGUUAGAAACGUAUAUUUGAAGUCAAAGUCAGCGGAUGCACAGAAGACAAAAGAAAGAAAUUUGGAAAAAGACCAACGACGUAAACAACGAUCAGCUUCAAGAGGAAAUGAAAAACAGAAAUCCGAAACUAAACAUAAAUCAGAAAACCAAACAGACACGUAUAGGCGAAAUAGUGGCAAAUCUAACUCAAGAAUUAAAUCGGGGUCUGAAAGUAAGGGUAUUAAUACCGAAGGACCAGAAGUUACUCCUGUGCAGAUCAGUUUCUUAGUCAAUAUUGGAGGAGUCCGUCCCUCGAGUGCUUUGAAAACACUAGAGGAAAAACAUCGAAUGUAUCAAGAGCAAGUAAAGGCGUUUAUGAACGAAAAUAAUAAUGGUUAA